GGGGGGUGGAGCCUGGGCGUUCCCCGCGAGGUUUUGAGAGUGAGGUGGCGGGAGCGGCGGCCAUGGCGGCGCCGGAGGAGAGAGAAUUGCAGGUUGCUGCGUGGUUGAAAAAAAUAUUUGGAGACCAUCCCGUUCCAAAAUACGAGGCGAACCCACGGACGACAGAAAUUUUAUAUCACCUUUCAGAACGCAACAGGGUUCGGGACAGGGACAUCAACCUGGUAAUAGAGGACUUAAAACAGAAAGCAAAUGAAUAUGAAUCAGAAGCCAAACAUCUUCAAGACUUUCUCAUGGAGAGUGUGAAUUUUUCCCCUGCCAACCUGUCUAAUACUGGCUCCAGGUUUCUGAAUGCGUUGGUGGACAGUGCAAUUGCCCUGGAAACAAAGGACACUUCACUAGCAAGUUUUAUCCCUGCAGUGAAUGAUUUGACUUCUGACCUUUUUCGUACCAAAUCCAAGAGUGAAGAAAUCAAGCUGGAGUUGGAAAAACUUGAAAAAAAUCUGACUGCAACAUUAGUGUUAGAAAAAUGUCUACGAGAAGAUCUCAAGAAGGCAGAGCUGCAUCUGUCUGCGGAAAGGGCCAAAGCUGACAGUCGUCUUCAGAACAUGGACUUCCUGAAAGCAAAGGCAGCGGAGUUCAGGUUUGGAAUCAAAGCUGCAGAGGAACAGCUUUCUGCUAGAGGCAUGGAUGCAUCUCUGUCCCAUCGGUCACUAGUGGCACUUUCAGAGAAACUCUCGGAACUAAAACAACAGACUAUACCCCUGAAGAAAAAACUGGAGUCCUAUUUAGAUUUAAUGCCGAAUCCCUCUCUUGCUCAAGUGAAAAUUGAAGAGGCAAAGAGAGAAUUAGAUGCUAUUGAAGCUGAACUCACAAGGAAAGUAGACAUGAUGGAACUGUGACUAGAGCCCAGUAGACGUCCUUCUCCCAAGAAGUCAAUGACUAUUCUUAGAGGAGAUAAUAAUAGCCUUCAUCAUAAAAUAACAGUUUUUGGUCAUGUAUUAAAAUUUUUUUGGCCUAAGUACAGUUUUCAUAUGAAAAAGCA